AUGGCUGCACUGGACAAGAAGCGCAAACAACGGCCUCCACCGUCGAUCAAUCCGCCAGCAAAACGACACAAGUCAACAAAAGAUGCGCCAUCUACUUCUGCUUUGCCAAAAGACGGGCAAAAGGGGUCCAACCUGACCUUGCAUGACUGGCUGACAGUCUACCAACAAUGUGACUCGCUUCCUGAGGGCUGGAGACAAUCACAAGUUGUCGAGCACUUUAGAAACAGAAAGGAAGAUCCACUCAUCUUCGACCAGUCAACAUUGUCCCGGAAGAUCAAGCAGCGAAAGGAAAUUGAGGAAAGGGCAAAGGCAUAUCCUGGUGCACUCUCAUCUCGAAGACUACGUGUUGUCACCGCUCCACAAGUUGAGCAGGCAUUAGCCUUGUGGGUGCAGCAGAUGUUGUCCCGAAAGGCAACUGUGAGCGUCACAAUGCUCAUUGCAAAACGGGAGUGGUUUGAGGCGAAACUCGAUCUCGAAGGAAUCAAACGGCAUGCCGAAGAAGGAUCUGUAGAGUCUGCUGAUAUCGAGAAUGACUCGACAGUCGCAGCAUUGGAACAGUUGGAACAGCUCUGCAAGGACAGCAAGGUGCAGGAAUCGGCACGUUAUAGCAACCCCGAGUUCAACCGGUCACAACCAACAGAGCUUGAGCAGUGCACCGAGGUUGAAAAGGCGCUCAUAGAGCUUGUCAAUAUCCUCAAGGAGCGAGGACGGAUACGUGGGGCGAUCCCACCUAUUGACGAGAUCAUUGAACCUGCUGAAGAGCGCGAAACUGCUGAAGAAACCUCGGAUGAUUGUGAGGCAGAUACUCUCUUCGAGGUCCUGGACGAGGAGCUGCAGAGCGACAGUGAGGGCGAUAUUGAGGAGGUGGCCAUCCAAGGCCACGCAUCGGAACUUGUCAUGUAUGCGGAAAACGAGAGUGACGAAGUUAUGGCUUGA